AUGCCUCCCCCUCCACCUCAGAUGCAACGAGGACCUGCUCCUGGGCAGCCUCAGGGCCAUUUCAGGCAACAAGUCCGGGCUCCGCCGUUGAUGAGAGUGACGCCGACCUCAGCAGCGAUUGCCGCGAUCCAGUCUGUACAGACGGCACCCAUCCCUCCAGUCCCUCACGUCAAGACGUACGCCAUGCACAACUUAACGCCCUACCUUCCGGGCGGUGGCAUUGAGGGUCGAAUUGAUCCUAGCCGGGAAAUAAGAGACCCUGUACUUGUAAAAGACGAGGUGACUGCGCGCCAUUCGGUCGUGCAGAUGUCGAGGCUCUUGCGGGAAAAGCGGCAGCAGCGAGGCAAGCUGUGGAAAGCGUACUGGAGAAACCGCAAACAGCUAAACCAGCGGAUAUUGCGUACAGAGUGCGAGCUGGCCGUCGAUGCGCUGUCCCAGGCGGCCGAGGUCGACGAGGAUGAAGACCUGCCCAAGUUCCAGCGGCAAAUCGCGUCGCUGCCGUUCAUCCGAUACAAUAUUGGCUCGUUCAAUCUUCCAAAGCCUCAGAGCGUCGUGAUCCCCGAGCCCCGCCAGGUGACCCAGAUGGCAAUGUCGCAGACCGCUGAUCUGCAAAGGCGCAUCCAGCGAGAGCGCAUGAUGCAUCGAGACAGAAUGAUGUAG